AUGGACCUGAGGUGUGCCUGGAUGCUCUGCGUACUCUGCCUCAACCUCACGGUCCGAGCGUUUACCCAGGAACGCUUCAAGGAGGUGGUGCUGAAGCAGCUGGGGCUGUCCGAGGUCCCUAAACUGCAUUCGAGAGACUUGGAGGAUCUGGUUAUCCCAGAGCACGUCAAGAACAAGUACAUGUCCAUGCUGAAGCGGCAGAGGGUGAAGCGCCGAGCUCUGCCGAGCCUGGCUGGCAUCCUCAGGGGCAUCCCGGGACACACAGGUAUGACAGGGGAAGUCCUCUACUCCGACACAACCACGCGCCAGAAGCUGAUGUUUGACAUGGAAGGCAGAAUACCUAGAAACAGCGAAGUCACGAUGGCUGAACUGAAACUCUUCAAAAAGCCUGUGGACAGAGCAAACCUGCCUGCCAGGCAGUCCCUCAGGCCUGUCUCCAACGCCAGAGUCAGCGUGUACUGGGUGCAGCAGCAGCACGAUGGGACCAACAGCACCUCCCUGAUAGAUUCCAGGCUGGUUCCUAUUCGUGAGUCGGGCUGGAAAAGCUUUGAUGUGACCCAGGCCGUGCAUUACUGGCUGCGAAGCAAGGGGCGGGAGCCGAUGAUCCUGGAGGUGUGGAUCGAAGGGGAGAGGCUGGGCAGCUACGCCUCGGAAAUGGCCAAAGCCGUGCGCUUCACCUCGCAGGACCCCAGGGACAAAGCCCUGGGCAAGCCUGAGCUGGUGCUUUACACCCUCAACUUGGAUGACUACGGGAGCCCUGGGGACUGCAGGGAGGAGGCGGCGCUGGGGAAAUCCACCUGCUGCCGGCAGAAGCACUACAUCAGCCUGCGGGAGCUGCCGUGGGCGCAGCCCUGGAUCCUGGAGCCGGCGGGGUUCCAGGCGUACCGCUGCUCCGGGAGCUGCCUGCAGCCGCCCCGCGCCCCGCGCCGCCCCGGCUCCGGGCAGCGCUCCUGCGCCGUGGCCGCCAGCUCGGCGCUGCCCAUCAUCUACCUCGUCAAGAGGGGCAACCACACCGAGAUUGAGGCGGCCGAGUUCCCCAAUAUGAUCGUGGAGAGGUGCAGCUGCGUGGCGGACGGCGCGGCGCUGGUGUGACCGGUGGGUGGCCUGGGUGUCAUCCGUUCCCUUCAGCCCUGCCAAGAGCCACCCCGGCCCCCAGCCCCGAGCGAGUGAUGAAGGUCCUGGGGGGUUCCUGCCUGCGCCGGGGCCCUGCUGCCCUGCAGAGAGAGUGCACUUGGGGGCACUGUCCCUGUAGGUGGGCUCAGAGGAGCGUGCAUUUCACAUUUGUGAGGGGUACCUUGGGAGCCUAGUGCUUCUCGGGGCCUCCGUGAUGCCAGCUUAACUUCACUGAAUUUAUUUCAGCCCCCACUCUGAAGUAAUGCAAACAGCUCCAGAUAAAAGAACAAAAUUCCAUUCCUUCACCAUCACCAGGUGAAGAAUAAAUUCGUGGGCUCAGCUUUUCAUUCUUAGGCUGCUGUGUUUGGUCCUUGUCUUCCCAAGCUGUGUUUUUGGUGAGCUGUAGAGCAGAAGCACUUACAUGUAUAGAGUGUAUGGAUAAAUGUGUGUAUUGUCUACAUAAUGGAUAGCUACAUAUUGAUUACUUACAUAUAUAUAUAUAUAUAUAUGUACAUAAAAUAUUGCCUAGAGCUCAAAGGAGAAUAUUUAUGUGCAUAUGUAUUGCAUGUACAUAUACAUAUCUACAUGUACAUAAAAUAUUAUCUGAAACUCAAAGGCUUAUAUUUUUGGUCCCUGCACCACGGGCUUCACACAGUUUUAGAGAGAAUUUAGAGUCCUGGAAUCAACAGGAACAUUAGGACUUGUUUGCCUGAGUAACAGUUUGUUUUUCUGAUUCUGUACUUCAAUUUAGGGAUAUUUUUAUUUCAAUUUAGGGAUAUUUUUCAAGUUGUGUGUGCU